AAUAAGUUCAUGAUAGUUUCAUGUAAAGUUUUUUUCCCCUUAUUUCAUUCUAUCACACUUUGUUUGUUUUAAUAGAAAAAAUUAUUAUUAUUAUUUCUUGACAUAAAAUAAAGUUUUUUUUUUCUUUUUUUUCUCUUUAGCUUCCUUUCUGCCCAUUAAACAUUGAAAAUGGCAGAUUAAGAAUCAUCAUUUCCCCUCUAAAGGAAACACUCAUCAUUGCUCCCAACAAUUUUUUUUUUUUACCUUAGAAACAUAAGCUUCUAAGAAACAUUCUCUUUCUUUUUCCAUUCUUCAACAAUAUAAAUAUAACUCUUUUGUUAACUUUUUUUCUCCCCUCUUUCUCUCAAAGUUUUAAAUUAAAAAAUGGAUCCUUCUUCUACAAACUCUGUUAAUGGUUUCUACACUUUUUUAACAAGAGGUAUUGAUGAUCUUGAAAGAGUUUUUCUCUCUAAUAACUUCAUGUCUAUUCAAUUCCUUCAAAGGGUACUUUCCCUUUUAAGAUCUUUUCACACACAAUUAACACUUCUUGUUCAAAAACUUCAUUUGCCUGUUGGUGAAAAGUGGCUUGAUGAAUAUAUGGAUGAAAGUUCUAAGCUUUGGGAAGUUUGUCAUGUUCUUAAGACUGGCAUUUCUGGAUUGGAGAAUUACUAUUCUUCUGGUUUUAAUGUCAUUUCGUCUCUUGAUAAUCAUCAACAUCUUACCCCACAAUUAUCAAGACAGGUGAUUAGAGCAAUAACAGGGUGUAGAAGAGAAGCAAUUGGAUUAGAGGAAGAAAACAGAGCAUUAAUGGAAACAAGAAUUGAGCCACUUUCAUUAAGAUUUGAUGAAAUUGUUUCAGUAGAAUCAAAGCUAAAUGGAUUUAAUGGAUUCAGAGGAGUACUUUAUGCAAUGAGAAAUGUUAGUUCAGUCUUGCUAAUGAUUUUGCUUCAUGGAUUAGUCUAUUGCUGGGCUGAAUCAUCUUCAUCUGAUUUUUCAAGAUCAGAAACAGGGUGUUUGUUCUUUGGUUCAAAUUUCAUGAUCUCAACCUCAAGAUUACAACAACGAAUUGGUUCUCAGAUUAAUCAGAUGAAUUCAGGGAGGCAAUCGAUUUUGUUGUAUGAAUUUAGGAGAUCAAAAGCAGCCAUGGAUGAACUUAGAGGAGAAUUGGAGAACAAAUGUGAAAAUGGGAUUAUAAGAGAAAGAGUUGAGAAUUUGAAAGGGUAUUUUGGGGUUUUGAAAAAUGGUACUGAGAAUAUUAUUGGACAAUUAGAUGAUUUUUUUGAUGAAAUUGUCGAAGGAAGGAAGAAACUUUUGGAUUUCUGCAGCCAUAGAUAAAAUUUUAAAAAAUAAAAAUUAGAAGGAAAAAAAAAAGAAUUACAAGUAGGGGAAAAAAAUCUGUAGUUGUUGGUUGUAUCUUUUGUUGGUUUUUAUUUAAUUUAAUCUUCCUCUCUCUCUAUUAAUCUUUUUU